CCUGCCGCCCUGAGCAUUCACCUCUGCCCCACGCUCGAGGAGAAGCCGUAAAAUCGAUUCGUUCCCUUCCCCUGCAGCUGCUUGUAGCGCAUUGCCAUACCCGCCCGCUUGUGAAUUCACUUCUGCCCCAUACCCGAGGAGAAGCUGAACAAGCGUUUCAUUCCCUUCGCCCACAGCCGCUUGUAGUGCAUUACCAUAUUUGCUGCCCUCAGCAUUCACGUUCACAGUAUCCGGUUUUCUCCUGGCUAGGAAUUUACAGGUGGUCACCAAAUUUAACAAGGAGGAGUAGUAGAUUGCUGGUGGGUAAAUCCCGAAGUCGUACAUGCGAUGCCGGUAAGGGUCAUCAGGGUUAUAUAUGGUUAGCCACUCCUUGCCAAGCUCGAGAACCUUCACUGACGCGUCGAAGAGUGGGGUGGGUGCCGUAUCCUCAAUAGAUCUAGAAUACACGAACCAAUAGCGAGCACUGUGGUAGAGAAAUGAGGUAUUUUCGACUUCGUUCCCUCCCAUAGUGCCCUGUCCACUAUGUCGUAGUAUUCGACUGAGACAAGCGUGCGCCAUCAGUAAAUUGGCUCUAUCCUCCGAAAUAUGAUAGUAGGCACUGGGGGCGUGAGCCGCCCUGUCGGAGAUCAAAAAUUCCUUUACCGAGAAAUGAGCCAGUCGUAAUCUCCCGUCUUCUUGAGUGGAUGAUUGAUCGUCCCUGGCAUCUUCGAAGGAAAUAAGGCUUGGGCAAAUUCUCAUGAGGGACUUCAUAUUAAAAAGAGGUUCUGAAUCCUCGCCAUAUUUGUUGACAUCGUAUUCAAUCACAAUGGCCUCCGCAAACUGUCCUAAUGUCAACGGUUCCGUUGAAAAUGCGAGCCAAUGCAUCGCCCGCCUAAUGUAUUCUCUCUGCGUCUCGUGAAUGCAGUUAAGGAUCCUCAAGUAGACGGAAUCCAAGUCUUUCGGCAGUUGCUGCAAGGCGGUUCUCACAGCUUUUGGUGUUAUGCAUUCCUGUAGAAUCCGUAGAAGACAAU